AUGGCUGCAAAGCUUUUGCAUUCACUAGCAGAUGACAACCCAGAUCUGCAAAAGCAAAUAGGAUGUAUGACCGGUGUCUUUCACAUCUUUGAUCGCCACCAUAUUGUUCCCGGAAGACGCUUUCCCGGCCACAGCCCUAAGAGAUUCCCUCCUGGUUCCCCGCAGUUCGACAAUGGAACCACUGAAAGCGAGUCAAGCAACUCAUACCAGAGACCAUACAUUUCGGAAAAACAUUCAAACAAGAUUGUACAAGACAAACACAGAGUAUCAACAGAAUCAUCACGAGACUCUUUCUCAUCAAUGUCUCGAUCAUCUUCUUUCUCCUCUAUAGACUGCAACAUCAAUCGAACCACAACAACACAUCCAGAACCAGAUCAGAUCGUGUUCCCAGAAACCCCUUCAAGAGACACCCCAAGGCCCCAAUUGUGUGGGUCCCGUCAGAGUGUUGACCUUCGGGACGUGGUCAAAGACUCCAUGUACAGAUCACAAACACCUGAACAUAAUCAUCGAGAAUUCCAAGAACCAAAUUGGUAUUACAAUGAACCUCGAGAACUUUCUAGAUCAAAAUCUUAUCAAUUUAGAGAUGGAUCGAGUUAUCAUCCAGCACCCAAAGAUUGCCCCCGGUUUUCUUAUGAUGGAAGGGAAACAAAUCGUUUAUUGUUUCAAUCAAAAACCAUGAAUUUGAAUUCAAAUUCAAAUUCAAAGCAAGUGGAAGAUCUUCCAAGACUUUCUUUAGAUAGUAGAGAGAGUUCAACACGUAGUCUCAAUACAGUUUCAAGAAACCCAACUCCUAGUGUUGUAGCCAAGUUGAUGGGAUUGGAUACUUUGCCUGAUUCCGGUUCCGGUUCUGGUUCCGGUUCUGGUUCCGGUUCCGGUUCCACCAAAGAAUUGGGAUUGGGCCCGAUUAGAACAACCCCAGUUGAGUCUUUAAAAGGAAGUGAUUAUUUUGGGCCUAUAAAAAUGCAAAAUUUUUCAAGAACCACAUUGAAAGAACCAACAUCUCCAUCAUGGAAGAAUGCUGACAUGAAACCGAGUUCAAGAUUCCCGAUGGAACCGGCUCCAUGGAAGCAACGGGAUGGUGGGGCCCGGAGUCCUCAGAGGGCGGGAUCUCGUGUGAUGAAAUCACCAACCAAGAUUCAGAGCCCUUACUCUUCUGUUUAUGGUGAAGUUGAUAAAAGAUUGAAAGAUCUUCAGUUUACACAAUCGGGAAAGGAUCUGAGAGCUCUUAAGCAGAUUCUAGAAGCAAUGCAGUCAAUGGAAUCACGGAAAGAAGGAAACCAGUCAAUGGAAUCCCGGAAAGAAGGAACACAAGUUAUGGUGAAACGACAUUCUGUUUCCAAUUCUACUCAGAAUGAAAGAUUUUCAGAUCGUGGAAGAUCUCAUCAAAACCCUUAUGAUUCCCCCAUUGUGAUUAUGAAACCAGGAAAGCUUGUUGAAAGAUCGGGUAUGCAUGUUGCAGAAUUCCCCAUUAGUAUUCCUAAAACUACACGAAGAGAGAAUGGUGGUGGAAGACAUACAAUUACAAAUACAAAUACAAAUACAAAUACAAAUACAAAGACUCCAACAAAACAACAAAAUUCGGUGACAAAUUCCGGGAAGAUUUCCGGGGCUAUCAGCCCGAGAUUACAACAGAAACGGGCUGAGUUGGAGCGGCGAUCUCGGCCGCCAACGCCUCCGGUGGCGGAUUCCGGUAAGUCAAAGAAACAGUUGACCAGACAGCUGUCGGAUACGACUUCACCCGGUGGAAGAAGGAGGCCGAAAUAUUCAAACAUUCAACAAAGUGAUGAUCAGUACCAUGGUCAAAUGUCUCAAGAAGUGGUCAACACUCCUGAAUUUUCUCAACAAAUUGAUAACAUGCAGAGUCCUAGCUCAAUACAAGAGAAAUCGAGUUUGAUCCAGAGAGAGGAUGAAUCACAUGAUCCAGAAUAUCCAAGUCCGGUUUCUGUUCUUGAUGAUGCUGUUUAUAUGGAUGAUUCCCCUUCUCCUGUGAAACAUAUGCUCAAGACUUUGAAAGAUGAUGCUACUACUGAAGCACCUAAUGAGAAGUUCAUCAAGAAUAAACGGGAAAAACCGGACGAUAAUACCCUUCCAGACAUAACAUGUUCUUCGGGUAUCAGUAUCACAUCCGAAAUAAACCGAAAAAAGCUACAAAACAUCGAACACUUGGUUCAAAAACUCACAAGGCUGAAUUCAAGUCAUGAUGAAGCACACACAGAUUACAUUGCAUCUUUAUGUGAAAACACAAAGCCUGAUGACAGAUACAUCUCAGAGAUCUUGUUAGCUUCUGGGCUUCUUUUAAGAGACCUCAAGACUUUCCAGUUUCACUCUUCUGGACACCCGAUUAACCCCGAGUUAUAUCUAGUAUUGGAGCAAACCAAAUUUAGCAAUCUACCAAAAGACAAUUGUACCCCUCUCAAGAAGGAAAAACUCCAUAGGAAGCUUAUCUUUGACACUGUGAAUGAGGUUCUUACAGGGAAAUUCGGGUUGUUGGUGCCUAGUGCUUCUUUUAAGAUUGUGAAGAAGACAUUGAAUGGUCAGAAGCUUUUGAGGGAUUUGUGUUUGGAGAUAGAGGAGUUGCAGGUGAGAAAGAAGAGAGAAGAUGUGAGUUUGGAGGAGGAAGAUGAUGGUUUUAAGAGUAUUAUGUGGGAGGAGGUGUUGAAUAAGGCAGAAAGUUGGACGGAUUAUGAUGGUGAAUUGCCUGUUAUUGCAUUGGAAGUUGAAAGAUUGAUUUUUAAGGAUUUGGUUAAUGAAGUUGUUUUGGGGGAGGCUGCUGAUGGUAGAAGAAUAAAGCCUGGAAGACGUUGCAGACAGUUGUUUUCAAAGUAGUGGUUUUUAUUUUUAUUUUUAUUUAAAAAUAUUGUAUACCCUGUUGUUGAAAUUUCGGUUUCUUUUUGGGUUUUGUUUUUAAGAUACUUUAUUGAUUAUAUAUAUUCUACUUGGUUUUUAUUUUUUUUUUGUAUGUAAAAGUGUAAGAAUCUAUGCUCUGCGUAAGUGAAAAGGGGUAUGAGUGUAUGACACCCUUGUAUCAAUUUGAAGGCAUAUAACAUUUAUCUAAAUGAUUUCGUAGGUUGAUGAUGUUUUUUAAUAUUGUUUCACAACAAAUAAAUGAUUGGUUAA